AUGGCUGAUUUAGAACUCUUUAAAAAAGACCGUAAAUCCGCGAAAAGUACAAUUACCCGGUAUUAUAACUGGUUGACAAAAAACCAGAACGCGUUUGUACAAGAAGAUGUAACCGAUCUUCAGGCCCGCGAAGAGACUCUUAAAUUUUACUUUAAUAAGUACUGUAAAGCCCAAGAUGAAAUUGAGGAAUUGGACGAAAAUGAUGAAGAAAAUCGUGAAGAAUUAGAAAAUAAGCACUACACUUGUAUAAAAAUAAUCCCGGAGGGAAAUAGCUGGGAAGAUAAUCUAGAAAAUAUUCUCACCAAGUUUUGGAGUAUCGAAGAAAUUCCCCAAAAAUCAAUUUUAUCCCCGGAAGAUAAACUUGCUGAGGAUAUCUUCGAAAAAACAACAAAAAUAUUAGAUGAUGGUUCAUACCAAAUUGAUUUUCCCUUUAAAUCCCCUGAUGAGCACUUAAAAUUGGGCGAUUCGUUUAAAAUAGCUCAAAAACGCUUUUUAACCCUAGAAAAUCGUUUUAAAAGUAACCCGGAUUUGUUUCACGAAUAUAAACAGUUUAUAGACGAAUAUGUUGAACUUGGUCAUGCGAAAUACGUUCCUUUGACUCUUUACAAUAAAACGGGACACUUAAAAUAUUUUAUUCCACAUCUUUGUGUUAUUCGGGACUCCGCUAUCACAACAAAAUUACGCGUAGUCUUUGACGCGUCAGCAAAAACGUCAUCGGGAUUCGCGUUAAAUAAUGUAACACUAAAGGGUUAUCAAGUUCAACCAGAACUUUUUGAUAUUUUGUGCAGAUUUCGCGUUUUUAAAUACACUCUCACUUCUGACAUAAUGAAAAUGUACAGAAUGAUUAAAACUAACCCGGCACAUAACUUUCUUCAAAACAUACUCUGGAGAGAAAACCCGAAUGAAGAUUUAAAAUGUAUAGAGUUACAAACCGUGACCUACGGUACAAAUUUCGCACCGUUUAUUGCAACUCGUGUUUUGAAAGAUGUAGCGCUCAAAAAUAUAGAUAAAUAUCCCCUAGCUGCUAAUGCGUUGCUAAAACAAUGUUAUAUGGACGAUAUUAUUGGAGGAUGUGAUAAAAUCGAAGAUUUAUUUGAUUUAAAUGCCCAAUUAAAUUCUUUGCUAAAUAGUGCUGGUUUCACACUCCAUAAAUUUAAUUCAAACUCACACAAUUUGUUAGAAUAUCUUAAAAAAAGCCCGUCCCUAGAAUAUGACCUAAAUCUCGAUAAAUCCCCAAGCAAAAUACUUGGCCUAAAAUGGCAACCUACUGAUGACUGUUUAAAAAUCUCUGUUCCUGAAAUAACCCCAUGUGAUUUCCCUACAAAAAGAAUUAUUUUAUCUACUCUGGCCCAAUGUUUUGAUCCUCUUGGUUUGGUUAACCCAAUUAUAGUUAAAGGUAAAAUUCUCAUGCAAAAACUUUGGAAAUGUAAGGUCGAUUGGGACACAAAAAUAUCUGAUGAACAUAUUCUCAAAGAAUGGCAAGAAUUUUUAGAACAUCUUAAAUUAAUUUGCAAUUUAAAAAUUCCCAGAUGUUUGUUUUCACAUAAACCAAUUCAAAAAUUUGAAUUGCAUGGUUUCGCAGACGCGUCCUCGCUAGCUUAUGGUGCUUGCAUAUAUAUCCGCACAAUUUAUGAGGACUCUGUUUCUUGUUCCCUGAUAUCCUCAAAGUCCAAGGUAUCUCCCAUAAAAACGAAAACAAUUCCAAGGCUUGAAUUGUGUGCUAUGUUGCUCUUAGCAAAUCUUGCUUCCCGAAUUUUUGACAUUUUUAAAGAAAAAAUAUCCUUUGAAUCAGUAAAUCUUUGGUCAGAUUCAGAAAUUGCCCUAGCUUGGUGUAAAAAAGAGCCGAGUACAUGGUCUGUGUUCGUCUCAAAUAGAGUUGCCCAAAUACAGAAUUUGACUUCAGAUUUUUAUUGGAGACACAUAAAAUCAAGUGAAAACGCCGCUGACAUUUUAUCAAGGGGUAUUUUUACCCAAGAAAUUCUGGAUUCUGGUGCAUGGUACUCUGGUCCACAUUUUUUACAAGAUCCAAGAGUAAUUUUGGAUACUUUGGAUAACCCAACUAAAAUUGUAGAUCUCCCUGAGGAAAAAGUUUCCUCUAAAAAACUCUGUUGUGUAGUCACGGAGACUAAAAGUAGUUUCCAAUAUUGGAAUGAUAUAUUCCAAAAAUUCUCGAGCAUUACCCGAUUAAAACGAACGUUAGCUUAUGUCCUUAGAUUUCUACAUAAUAUAAAAAUCGCUAAAAAUCCGGAACAAAAAAUUAAAGGCCCUUUAUCAAUAAGCGAAUUAGAAAAAGCUCAAAACUUAAUCGUUAAAAAUUUGCAAGGUCAGUAUUUUUCUAAAGAAAUCGCAGAGCUUAACCAGAAUAAAUGUGCUUCAAAUAAAAGCAUCAACUCACUUAAACCCUUUUUGGAUGAAAACAAUUUUCUAAGAGUUGGAGGUAGAUUAGUAAAUGCCCACAUAAGUUUUGAGCAAAAACACCCGUUACUUUUGCCCUCCCAUAAUCCCACAGUUGGAUUAAUGUUAAAACAUGAACACCUUCGCUUAGGACACAGUGGUACUCAGAAUGUCUUGUCUAAUUUUAGACUCCAAUUUUGGCCCUUGAAUGGACUCAAAGAGACAAAAAAGAUAAUAAGGCAAUGCGUCACUUGUGCGCGUUUUUCCUCUAGUCCCGCCAGCCAACUUAUGGCAAAUAUACCCAAAGAUCGAUUGUUACAAGUUUCUAAGCCCUUUGAAAAAACAGGAAUUGAUUUUGGUGGCCCAUUCCAGAUCAAAUCUUCACGUUUGCGUAAAGCCCCAAUAAUAAAAGGUUACAUCUGUGUUUUCGUUUGCAUGGUGACCAAAGCAAUACACCUGGAAGUGGUUACUAGUCUCUCUACAGAAGCUUUUUUGAUGACACUCAAGCGAUUCAUUUCUCGGCGUGGUAAUCCCUCAAUAAUUUACACAGACAAUGGCACAAACUUUCUAGGUGCUAAAAAUCAAUUAAAAGAGCUCUAUGACUUUUUCAAUAAAUCUUCGGUCACUAAUGAGAUUAAGAAUUAUUUGUCUCAAAACGAGACUCACUGGAAAUUCAUCCCUCCCAAAGUUCCACACUGGGGAGGCCUGUGGGAAGCUGCUGUUAAAAGCACGAAAUAUCAUUUAUAUAGACUCGUUGGUAAUAUGCAGUUAACAUACGAAGAAUUUAGCACAAUCUUAACUCAAAUUGAAGCUAUACUGAAUUCUAGGCCCUUGUGCCCCCUAUCAAAUGACCCUUCAGACUUUCAGUAUCUUACCCCUUCUCAUUUUCUAAUCGGUUCCAAUAUUACAGCUUACCCUGAAAAAGACAUUAGUGACGUUCCCGAAAAUAGAGUUUCUCAUUGGCAAAAGUGUACCCAAAUUAAGCAACUGUUUUGGAAAAGGUGGUCAAAGGACUACCUAUGUAGGCUACAAAACAGACCUAAAUGGUUAAAAGAAAAAGGUAAUUUAAAAGAGAACGACUUAGUCUUAUUAAAAGAAGAUAACACUCCACCCCUAUACUGGCCAAGAGGUAGAAUUCUAGAAAUUUUUAAAGGUCCUGAUGGAAGGGUUCGUGUGGUGAAAAUUAAAACUAAAGAUGGAAAAUUUGUACGCCCGAUUACCAAAUUAUAUCCUUUACCCUCACCUUUGCCCAAUGAUGGUUAA